AGAAGAUUUAUGUCUCAAAACGGUGUUCACGUUUGAGAAAGUGUGAGCAAGAGACAACGAGAAUCACGAUGGCUGAAAUCAAAUGGAGUCAAAUGACUGUUUUACUGCUCCAGAUUACAGGGGUAGCAACCAAAGAGCCUGUCCUCUCCUUCAUUGUCAAAGAAGGAGUUGAAGUCCCUUUGCCUUGUCACAGUGCGAGGGGGAGCUGUGAGCAAACUACAUGGCUCUUCAGUGAUUUAGGAAGAAAAUCAUCAACAAAGCUCGUCGACAGCGGGCAGAUCGGUAAAGACGCCAAAGCUAAAGCAGACAGACUGAGUGUAACGGAUAAUUGUUCUCUGGUUGUAAAGAAAGUCACAGAAGAGGAUGCUAGUGAUUACACCUGCAGACAGAUCAGAUCAGAAGAUUUUUCAGACUCUCAGGUUGUUCUCUCUGUUGUUACCAUGACUGAACAUCAGGACAAUGAUGAGGUGACGUUACGCUGCUCUGUGAAGAGUAAUGGAGACUGUAGACACUCAGUGAAGUGGCUGUUUCACGGUCGAGAUGUGGAUAAUAACAACGAAGAUUUAAAGACUUCAAAGACUUCCUGCUCGGCCAGCGUGACCUUUAGGACAUCACAUUUUAUUUACACAUCAAAAAGAUAUGACUUGUUGAAGUGUAACGUGACGGAUAGCUUCACAAGAAAAGUGUUGACCUUCAGCACAACAACUGAAACUAAUGAAAAGGAAUCUGGAAAGGAAAGAUCAGAUUGGUGGUUGUACGUCGUUGUGGCCGUGGGUUUAGCUGCACUCCUGAUAAUAGCUGUUGCAGUUGUAGGAUGGAGGAAAUCUAAAGAAACACAAAUAGAUGACCGCAUCAGGCUGACUUCAAACCCAACAGUGACUCAGUCUGUUCCGAAAGCUGUCAGGACACGGCGGAUCCUGAAGAGGAGGUUUUCUACACCUCGAUCAGCCACACAAACACCAACAGUACAGCCCAGGUUCUGGUUGGUAAAGAUGAAGUGACCUACAGCACCGUGAAAGCUCCCCCGUCUACUGCUGGAGCGUCCAAUGAGACCCUCUCUGCCAGAGUCAACAAACCCCACAAAUAAUCAAGAUCAUAAAAUGUGAGGUGGGGUUGAAUUUAACCAGAAUACGCUCAUUUUAUAUUUGUUUUAGAGGCAAUGUAUUUAUAUUGGGGGUAAAUUGUCAAUGAAUUGAAACAUUGGUCAGUAUUUUAAAUCCAAUGCUGAUGCUCUAACUCAGUGUGUUUCCUUUCUCCUGUGAUGUAAACACGGUUUUGUCCAGAAGGGGGAGUUGUAAAUUAAGUUAACCAUGGGAAAUGUACCACAAUGUGAGUCAAAUGUUCAAUAUGGACAAUUAUUUGAAAUGAUGCUCAAUUUCUUGCUUCCCACAACAUAGUUUUGCUGCAAAGUAUACACCUGUUGCCUUCUAGUUCAAGUUAUUUUCAUUUAUUUGUGACUUUUGAAAGCAUGUUUCCCCUGUCGUUGCUUGUAUAUGCAGUAAAUAAAACAUGUUAUCCCCAUGUAA